GUGUAGACAUUUGCCUAGAUGUCCGUGGCCUGGAAGUCAAAUACUUGGCGUAGCCAGGCAAGGUCAAAGUUUUGAUGAAUAAGAAUUAUUUUAAAAUGUAAAAUAAUGAAAAUGUAUUCAUAUUGUCGGCGUUUUAAACUGACAAAUUAUGUGAAUGUCUGCGAGAGAGAAAGUAUGGGUAUUGAUGAUCUGAGAAUCCUUUGCCUGGCCACGCCAAGCAUUUGACUUCCAGGCCAUGGACAUCUAGACAAAUGUCUACACAGUCUCAGUUUGUGGUUGAUACACUAUUUAGCUUCAUUUCAUCGCCAAAGUGCGGAGCAGUCAGUUUACAUGAGUUGUCAUUAGGGUCUGAACGUCUGCACUGUUGAACACAGCAUUUUAGCUGCGCAUAGUUGGAAAGCACCGAAUUUGAUAUUAUGUUACACAGUGUCACCUUGCGCUUUACCGAAAAGGACUUUCAUGAACUGGCUGCUCAUUUCGAUUUCACAUCUUUUUCUACUUUCUCGAAUUUUUUGGGGGGGGAUCUUCGAUUUUUCUAUGAUUACUCUUUAAGUCCUCCACUUUUUCAUGUACUUGGCGUAAUUUUUUUACUUUUUUAAUUUUUGUACAAUUCGCAGUGCCAGGAAAGAUCGGCUGCCGAGCGGUCGGUGAAAAAGGCAUAGGAUGUUGAACCGCUACCGGUCGGUAAAAUGUUAAGAUUGUAUUUUAUAUUGCACUCCGAACCAGUCUGGACGUUGCCUAUCAGCUACUCAACGCUACUUUGUGGCAAAAACGAUGAUAUACAGACCCUCGUUUUAUUUAAUAUGAUUUUGGAACUAACAUAUUGUAGUCCGCCACCAUCGUAAAUCUGUUUUACCGACUGGGUAUGGCUACAAGCCAAUGGCGUCGAAAGUGUCAGUUAAAUACGGUAAAAUCUCACUUGUAACUGCUCAUAACUUCUGACCUAGUCUCGCCUUAAAACUAACAUUUCCGGAUUUUUCUUGACAAAAUCUACAGGAUUAUGUAAAAGAAACUUAAAAAUUUUAGGUCCGCCAAAGUAAAGUGCAGCCUUAAUUUAUUUUGAAAAUACCAUAUUAGGUCAUUGUAAAUAGGCAAAUCCUAGAAAUGUUAAUAUAAAUAACAAUAGAAAAUUUAAAAAAAUAUUCUUACUAUAGCAAAACUUUGAAAAUUGAACAAGUGUUUUUUUUUAUUUAAGCUUCUAUGAAACUAUAUGACAAAUGAGAAUUAUAUGUCGUUACAUAGAUUUAUACAUAAUAAAAUUUAUCUUAUAUCCGAGAGUAAACACAGAGUACUUGUUCUUAUUUGAACAUUAUGUUUCAAAUAUUUAGAGCAUUUUUUUUUAACGUAUAGAUUACACCCUUUUAUGAAUGUACAUAAGUGAGAACACGCUUUACUGUUGGGUUUAUGAACUAAGAGUCUUGUAUUCAUUGGAAAAAAUUAAACAAUUAUUAAAAAUUCAUUGUCAUAGAAAGUUUCAUCAAAAUAUUUCAUUGAUUUUGUCAAAAGCACACAAUUCUCUUUAUUUCUGUCACUGAAAAAGAAUUCGUCUGGAGCAAGUCAAGUGAAAACUACAAUUCAAUCCGAAGCACCUUAAAAACUUAACCCUUGAGUUAGAUUCAUACUGUUACACAUCUUUGAAAAUCAUUUUAUUUCUUGUUCUUUCAUCAGACUAUAACUCUGACUUUCUCAAAUCGAUUGCCAAAAAAAUCGUCUAUCAGUUUUUUUUUUUUAAUUAUAUUAUUUAAAGUCGCAUACCUCCUUAGGGUAUUAGCGAUCACAGCUGUAAGGUAUAUUUGGAUUUAAAUGGAGGUUAACAUAUAAUAUAUCAUGUUGAACUUAUAGUUUUAAUCAUUGUCUCAUAUGAGGUUAAUCAUUCCCAUUUCUUUUAGAAAAGUUUGAAUUUUAAUGAAUUGAAGAAGUCGUGAAUUGUUGUUGAAUAGUCCUUGGUUAUUUUUCUAUUUGUCCAGACAAUCAACGCUCUUCCAUAUACGAUACAUUUUUCAUAUUUACCAAACAGGGAAAUCGUAAUUCGCAUUUUACUGGCGAACCCAUGAAGACAUGAAGUGACAUGAAGGCAGUCAAUGUGGGUCUGAUAAACUUAUACUUGUAGCUUGUAGCAAACGUCAAGUCGCAGCUCGCAGCGCAAGUGGCACUUUGAUUCAAAGGAAAGAGGUUAAGGGGGCUGCUCGGAAGAAAUGGCAGCAAUAAAGGGCCUAGGUAGAAAUAUCCCCUAUCUGAGACAACAAUUCGCUGCCCUCUUAGGAAACACCAGUACCAGUGUGAAAUUCAUAUGCGUCGUAGUCCUGUUUUCCUAUUGCCUUUCCUUUUCCUCGGAAGCGGUACGUCUUCUGAGCGUGACACCAGGUCACUUACUGCCUCCAGCUUUUUGGAUAUGGACAGCGUUUACCUUCUGUUUCCUCGAGAUACACUUCUGGGAAGUAUGCGUGGACAUUGUCACAGUAGGGCUUUGCGGUAAAUUGAUCGAACCUCUGUGGGGUGCGAUGGAAAUGAUGACUUUUUUCGCAAUCGUUAAUUUUGGCGUCGCAGUCCUGUCAGCCCUAUUCUACUUAUUUCUAUACAUGUGUACCAAUGAUCCAGAUUUACUGUUCGACAUACACAUCCAUGGAUUGACUGGAUAUAUUGCUGGUGUUGCGGUAGCUGUGAAACAAAUAAUGCCAGAUCAUAUUUUAGUUAAAACACCGAUAGGAAAGUUUACGAACAGAAAUAUACCAUUAAUGGUUUGGAUUUUGGGAGUGUUAUUAUGGCUUUUUGGAUUAUUGGAAGGUACUAAUCCUACUAUGUUUCUCAGUGGUUUAUUGAUAUCGUGGAUAUACCUUAGAUUUUAUCAGAAACAUAACAAUGGUACGCGUGGUGACAUGGCAGACAAUUUUACAUUUGCAAGUUUUUUUCCAAAUGUGUUGCAACCACCAAUAGCAGUUGUGAGUAAUACGAUACAUGGUUUCUUUGUACGUAUUGGAAUUUGUAGAAAGGUAGUUAGAAGAUUCGAUAUGUCCAAUGCACCUCCUGGUCUGACUAUUAACCUUCCUGGUAUUGAUCCACAUGACAGUGAAAGAAGAAGGCAAUUAGCGUUAAAAGCUUUAACUGAAAGGUUAAGUAAGGAUCAUGCAAAGCCAUGGCAACAAGAUCGAACUAAGAAACAUUCUCCAAUUCCUCCUGCAGUUUCGAUUCCAAUACCUGAAUCUACUACACCUAAACCUCUUGCAUCACCUCUUAUCCCACAAGUUAGUGUAAACAUACAUAAUCACGCUUCUACUAAUACGUGAUUACAUCAAACAGACUGAUUUCAAUAAGUAUAUGUAUAAAUGUGUUAGGAAACUUCUAAAGAAAUUGUUUUUUGAAAUAUAUUGAUAAUAUGGCCGUUUCUAGUAAGAUCUUUCUGGAUAAGGAAAAAAACGUAAGAAAGUAUUAAUAGCAAAUGUUUUCAACAUUGCACAGUUAUCGAAAAAGCACUCAGCUAUUAAUUAUACCUGGAUAAAUCCAAAGAACAAAAUAUAAUACUCAAGCGGUGCCUUGGUAUUCAUAGCUUUUAAUCAGUUCUUAUAUCCAUCCUUAAAAAUCAGUCCUUAAAAACGUAAAUAUUGAGUUGGUUUGUUCUUUGGUAUUAUCAAAAAGUAUUAAGUAAUUUGGUGAAAUACAUUGAAUAUAACUACGCGUAUAUAUUUUAAAAACAUUUCGUAAAAUUUUAAUUAUAAAUUACAUGAAGAAAACAAACAAAUUUUGUUUCAAUUUACAACUACGGGGUAAUUAUAAAACGUAGGAUAUACGUAUAAUUUGUGAUAUUUUUAUUAUGUACUGUUAUGGUUUAAAUGAUUUUCAAAAUCUGUCUAUUUAUUGUAGAGCCAUAUUAACAAUAAUACAAUAUACAGUCUUUAGAGGAUUCUUAAGCAAAACAAAUGUGACGAAAUCAAUUUUUCUAACUUGUGAUUCUAUUUUCCAACAAAAUCGUUGUCUUGAAACUAAGAUCUAUGAACACUAUUUAUGUAACUGAGUAACAUCGAUAAGUGAUAAAUAAUGUAAAUGCUUCUAAUAAGAACAUAGAUGUCGAUGCUGCAUAAUUGUAGUAUUAUUUUAUCUUCGAUAUUGUUCAGUGAUAACUGGAAGAUACACGUGCAUUACUAUUAGUAGUGAAUAAAAAAAAACAGUCCAGCUUCCAGUAGAAUGUUACAAAAUAAUUUAAUUAGAGACAGAUUGAAUUUUGAAAAAAACGUUACUACUUCUUUAAUGCUAUUUUACAAAUUAUUUUAUACCAUUGGGAUUGCAAUUCUAUAUUUUGUACAGCGUAAAACGUUAAUAUAUAAUACAUACAUACAUUGAAAUCAGAUGAUUAUAGAACACAAAUAUUUGCAGCUUGUUUCAAAGUUAUGAUUUCUUUCUGUCAAAAAUAUUUUUAAAAAUAUAUUUUAUUUUUUUUAUAACAAGAAAUCAUUUUUAUCAGAUAUAAGUCACCGUUCUCAUUCUUUUUUUAUUUACAUCACUAUUUUUUUAAUGCUAUUAAUUAUUUUUCAAAAUUAGACAACAUUUAUUUGACACAAAUAAUUAACUGCGAUUAAUUUUUUCCAGUUUGCUUUUAGGAUCCUAUUUAUAUUUGUAUCUAAGUAUAUGCUACAGAUAAUUUCAAAUCCAUUCCUCAAAACUUUGACUUAAAUUUUCUUUAAAUCAUUAAGUAUAUUCAAUGUUUCGUUCAAUUUUUGUUUGACAUACCACACGAAUGAUGGAUAUAGAUCCAGUUGCUUUUUAAUUACAAGUAUUUAAACAGUGUGACAUCAUAUCAUAAUUAUUUUUCUACUUCGUACAAUGUAACAAUCAACAGCUGUGCCACAAAUACAUGUUACAACUUUUUUUUUGCCAUGUGUACCACAUUCUCAAACAAUUGUUAAACAUUGAUCACUAUAGUUUAAACAUAUUAUUUAAAAAAAAGUAUAUAUAUAGAAAGGUGAAUGGAAAGUAGUUCAUAUAAAUGUAUAGCAAUGUGGAUAUUUCAUAUAUAAAUUGUAAAUACAAUGAGGCAUGAUGUAAAAUGCGAAGGGAACAAGACUCUAUAAAGAUGCAGUGAUUGUAGACAUAUUGACAUGUGUGUGAUAAUGGAGUAAGAUUAAAAACUAUUUUUAUGUAUGACAUAGAUAUGUCGUUUGAGAAUGUAUGUUAUCCACAUUUUGGCCUUCCACUUAAAUAAAAUUUAUAUAAAAAAUUUUUAAGUACUUUUAUUAUAAGAUUUUUAGUCAAUUAAUAUUUAUUAUUAUAAAUAUGACUAGAGCUGAAAAGCGAAAGGCCAGAAUUAAGUGUGCGGAUAAAUGAAUAUUUGUUGAUUUCACUAAAUAUAUUUUAAGUACCCAAUGUAAUAAUUACACAUUAUAUAUAUGUACAUGUUAUAUAUAAUGAGUUUUGUACAUACGUUAAAAUCGUUAAAUCCUGUACAAUAUUAAAUUCUACCGAAAAAUUUGUAUUCCCUAUUUUCCUAUAUCGUAUAUGGAACGAGAUAACGAAUAUUAACUGCUUUGCAAUAUAUGUAAUAAUAGAAAUAUUAAUUUGGGCUAUUAAUAUUAUAUUGAAAAUUUAAUUUAUAUA